AUGAAAAGCGUACCUCGUGCUCCUAGUCUACUUCACCAGUUUCGAGCCACACCAACGCUUCUCCAAGGCAGCCCGAAACGAGCGCGAUCAAUCCUGUUCCUGCUACCCGACGGCUCCGGCUCCGCCACAUCAUAUGCUUCGCUACUACCCAUUUCUCCAGAUGGCGACAUUGCCGUCUACGGCCUCAAUUGUCCCUGGCUCAAAGACGCAAAACACCUCGUCGAAUUCGGUCUCCGCGGCCUAGCCGAGCUAUACGUGUCUGAGAUCCUGAGACGGCAGCCGCAGGGGCCGUAUCACCCCAACUUGACACCGUAUGAUCUCGGAGGAUGGUCCGCCGGCGGCAUCUGUGUUUAUGAAGUAGCCCUAAUGCUCACUAGAGCCGGCCAUCGCGUUGAUCGGCUUAUCUUGAUCGACUCGCCUAGCCCAAUCGGACUGGAGAAGCUCCCUCCCAGGUUGUACGACUUUCUCGACGCCCAAAACGUUUUUGGCUCGGAGAAUCCCCAUGGCGCAGCGGGAGGAGGUAGUAAGGCGCCCGAGUGGCUUCUAGCGCACUUUUUGGCGUUUGUGGAAGCGCUCGAUAAGUACGUCUCUGGUCCGUUGCCUCUGCCGCCGCGAGCCUAUCUCCUGUGGGCCGAGGACAGUGUCUGCAAGAAUCCUGAGGAUCCUCGUCCAGAUUACAGUGAAGACGACCCUCGCGAGAUGAGAUGGCUUUUGGAGAAUAGGACCAGUUUUGGACCGAAUGAGUGGGAGGCUUUACUUGGGGGCGAAGAGAAUACCUUUGUUGAUCGUAUCUCCGGGGCGAAUCAUUUCACGAUGUUGAAGGGAGGCCGUAAUGCGGGUCUGGUUGCUGAUUUCCUUGCCAGAGCUUUUGCAAAGUUGAGUGUAACAUAG